ACAGCCACCUCCUCCUCCUGCGACCUGCCAGCCAUGAAACCUCUAUUCCUCCUGUUUCUCACCAUUCUUCUGGCCACCGAACCGGUGGUGUCAGGCAAGCGUCAGAUCCUUCGAUGCAUGGGUGACAAGGGAAUCUGCAGAACUUCUUGCAAAAAGACCGAACAUCCCUACCUCUAUUGCAGAGAUUAUCGAUCAUGCUGCCUCCAGUCCUACAUGAGGAUAAACAUGUUCAGCACAGAAGACGAUAGUGACUGGAGGUGAGAGAUCCACUGGC